UCUGGGCAGUUAAACGCUUUGAGAGGAUUGAGUGGAGCUGUGUUAUAGAGCAUGGCUGCUGCAGGGUAUGUGCUGGGGGUGGAUCUGGGGACCUCCUCGGUAAAGGUGGUACUGUUGGACUCGCUGUUAAAGACGGUGACGGACAGCAGCUGUUUUCCGACCUGCUCAGAAACCAGCAGCACACCUACUACUGAACACGCUCGGGAGCAGGACCCUGCCCGCAUCAUCUGCACCCUGGACCGGUGCCUGGCCGCCCUGCCCCGGGACAGGCUGAGUAAGGUGGUGUGUGUGGGGGUGUCCGGACAGAUGCAUGGGGUCGUGCUCUGGAAGUCUAAAACAGGUUGUGAAUGGUCCAGUAGUGAUGCGGGUUACAGAUUCAGACCUCGAGAUGUGAGCACUCUGAUCACAUGGCAGGACGGACGCUGCAGCAGCGAGUUCCUGUCAUCACUGCCCAAACCAGAAUCUCACCUGAGCGUGGCCACUGGCUUUGGCUGUGCCUCCAUCUUCUGGUACAGCAAGCACAGGCCAGAGUUCCUCUCAGAGUUCAGCAUGGCGGGCACCAUCCAGGAUUACGUGGUCUCCAUGCUGUGUGGUUCAGAAAGCUGCGUCAUCACUGGGCAGAACGCUGCGAGCUGGGGUUACUUCAACACCACCAAAAACCAGUGGAACAUGGAAAUACUAAAAGCUGCUGGCUUCCCUGUGCGUUUACUGCCUGAGCCGGUGGAGUCUGGGGCGAUAGCUGGGCGGACGUGCUCAGAAUGGCAUGGUAUCCCAGUUAACACCCCUGUAGGAGCAGCGCUGGGAGACUUCCAGUGCAGCGUUUACUCCUGUAUGAAGAACAGGACAGAUGCAGUUUUAAACUUGAGCACUUCAGCUCAGCUGUCGUUUGCCAUGCCAGCUGACUUCACCCCACAGACGAUUCCAGACCCUGCCUCUCCCAUCGCCUACUUCCCUUACUUCCACAACACCUACCUCGCAGUGGCUGCAGCUCUCAACGGAGGCAACGUCAUCGCAACGUUUGUAGGGAUGCUGACGUCUUGGAUAAGAGAAUUUGGAGCCGAGGUGCCCGAGUCUGAAGUUUACUCCAGACUGGUCCAGAGUGCCCUGAUCCAGCCCACCACUGACCUGUGUGUGACCCCCACCCUGUUGGGCGAGAGGCACAACCCCACCAGCCUCGGCCUCGUCUCCAACAUCUCCCCCUCCAACCUCUCCCUGGGUCAUAUGACGCGCGCCAUGUGCAGAGGGAUCCUGACUAAUCUGGCCACCAUGAUGCCCCCAGAGGUGCUAGUAGCUGCAGGGGUGAAAAGGAUUAUGGGUAGUGGGAGUGCUCUGGCUCGUGUUGAGGUCCUGAAGCAGGAGCUGGAGCGAGCGUUCCCCCUGCCGGUGGUCUAUGGGGAGGAUGUGGACUCGGCAGUCGGGGUCGCAAUGGUUUUUAGUGAUCGACUGUGAAACAAACUUGCACGUAGCGUUAGCCACAGGGGUAAACCUGUGAGCUGAGUGUGCGAGGCUGUGUCAUUUAUACUUUCAUUUAUUUCAUUUCCAGUCAAUGUGGCCAUCAGCUAGAGAAUUUGUAUUUCUAACAUCAGGAAAAUAAAACAGAAAUUUUGCAUCUCAAAAUUGGUAACUUUACAGAAAAGGAAAAAAAAAUCCUCAAUUUAAAAUUUCAAUUAAAUAUAAUAGAGUCGGAAGAUUUUAUUCCAUUUUCUUUAGAUCAUUCCUAUUGGUUAUCAUGGAGUGUAACAAACAAAUGCCAAAUUCACAUUAUAUCAAAAAAUAAGUGUUUAUUUUCAGCAUUUAGGGUAAUAUGAAAAACAUUCUGUCUUCUAAUCAACCUAUUUGAUUAAUACUCAUGUAAAUGCAUAUUUAAACAUUCCCUCCUACAUUUAAGGAGUAGGAUCUUGUUAUUUUUGUAAUUAGGGGACAAAUAGCUUUAAUAUUUCAACAUAAGUAAAACUGUAAAUGAUGUGCAUUCCUUACACUUGUAUUUGUGUACAUAUACAAGCUGCUACUGUAAUUACUGUUCUUGUAAUUAUUCCAGUUUAAUCUUAACUGUUAAUUUAUUACUUGAUUGUGGUAUAUUUACGUUCAUAGGUGUUUUUUUUAUUUUUACAAUUUUAAGUUGUUUUUACAAAAAUAUUCCAGCACUAUUAUAUUGUAUACGUUUUUUGGAACAGUUCAGGCUUCUGAAAUUGUCCUAAUAAUUAACAUUUUAAUAAAGAAUUUGUAUUUGUAAAACAUAAUUGUCACAGUUCUUGAGGGAUGAGAGGGGGGACAUAAGUACAGGUAUAAGAUUUAUUUAAAAGUAAAACAUAAAACAAACACAGGUAGGGAACGUAAAACAAAUAAACAACACACACAUCUCUAAACUACAAAGACAAGACUAAAGAUAAUAAAACUAUGAAAACUAGAUCAAAUUAACAUUACUAAGAAAACAAGAAACAAUAGAACAACCAUGAACGACGACAAGGAGCAUGAAAAACUGAGAGACCUGAAAAAAGCAUACAAAAGACAAGACAAGGGACACAGAAACAAGGGGGCUCUAUGUACAGUACACUGGGAGACUGGGAACGCCUGGGGAAGAUAACGAGGAGGCAGGGUUACCAACAACCACAGAUAAGAACAUUGAUGAAAGGGUGGAGCUAGUGCAGAGAUAAGACAAAAAUAAACAGACCCAUGUGCUUAAAGAGCACAUGGGGAAGAAAACAAACAAGCUGAGGAAAGACAGAAACAGGCAGAGAAGCAGGACAAAAUAGGAGGGACAAAAAAGGGGAAAAAAAGCCAUACAUGAGCGUGACUAUAAUCUUUACAUCAAUCGAUAAAUCCUAUCGCUUUCUAGGUAAAAUAAAUAUGUUUUGCUUGUUUGA